ACGAGGCGUCUGUUGCGAACUCGCCCCGGCCGAUGCCCGCCUAGGCACCGUAGGACCCCCGGAUGCAGGCUGGAAUUAGGUUGGAGGAAGACGGAAAACCAGUUCCUGACAUCACCGCCGGCUUGGGCGGUUGCUGGUCCCGUCAAUGGCGCCUACUGUCGUCGCCGCGCCGGCGACACCUGCCCACACUAAGAUAAAACGGCCUAUCCCCCCGGGCAUCCAGACGAACGGUGUCCCAUCCUCGCGCUCCUCGCCAUCGCCCUCCAUAUCCGCCAAGCGCGCUCCGCCUUCGGCUGUCCGCCAGCCAUCUAACCCGCCGACCGCGACGGGGCCCACUCCGACUUCAGCCCGUCCGCCCAAUCGCCCACGCCGAGAUGUCUCCGGACAGGCGCUGGGGAGAGGCCAAAGAAGCGCCGGCCUCAGGUCCGCCAGCAUCGCCCCCGAUCUCGCAUCAUCUCCGACAACCGAACCGCCGCCCUAUGUGGUCUCCGAUGCAUACAUCCUCCGAAAGUUCGCCGGGAACCCCCCGUCCCUCAUAGUCCACCUGCACCAAAACCAUUUCCGCUUCGAUCAGCAGGAGGGCAUGUUUCAAUACAAGUCCCCGAUGCGGCUAUUUUUGGAGCACCUGCGCUCCCGCACCGUCCCUCACGACAUGCUCGAGUACUUCACCCAAUGGGGUGUGCCCUUUUAUGACGGCUGUCUGAUCGUCCAGGUUCACGACCACAAAUCGGUCACCCAAUCUGACGAUUCUGCGAGGCCGUCGUCUGCCUCGAGCACGACGAUGCCCUUUUCCGUCCACAACUACAAUCAAUACAUCACUCCGUCGCCUUCUGUUCCCUAUCCGAAGGAGAACCUGGUUGCGGCCAAUGGUGUGCAUGGCCCGACCCCGGAGAAGACGGCCGAAGAGAAGGACAAGGAGAACAUGCCGGCUCCCGGAGCGCCUGCAGACGGUCAGAAGAGCAAAGGGACAGCCAAGCCGAGGAUAUACACCAUCGUGCUUCACCCUACGGAACAGAGCUUGCAGACGGAUCUUGCCAUUAAGGCUACCACUCCUCGCGGGGCCUCCGAUGCCGCUCCUCCAGCCACGCCGCACGCUGCGGUGCCGCCGACUCCGACUGCAGCGAGUAUGCCGCCGCCCGCAAAGAAGCAAAAGCGAGAACGCAUGGAGCUCGACGCUAGCAACAUCCAUGACGCCGAAGCCCAGAUCCGGCUAGCAACCACGGCGCCCCUGGACCUGGAGCCGACCAAGAAUGCCGAGGAGACCAUCGCAAAACUCGAGAAACUUGCGCACCCAGACCACUCGCAGAAGCCACCCCAGCCCAAGACGCGCAAGAGGACGGUCGCCGAGAUGGCCGCAGACGAGGCUUUGGCCGCCGGCCAGGAACGUUUCAUGCUCACCCUGGACGAGCGCCUGCUGGCGCAGGUGGUCAACGGACAGGCAGGCGGCACCGGCACAGAUGGGGAUGGUCCGAGUACGACUUCAGCAUGGGAGCCGAGGUUCGAGCGGUUCAAACUCAUCGCCGAGAUCAAGCGAGAUCAUGCCGAGAAGAAGGAGUUGGAAAAGCUCAAGCAGGCCGAGGCCGAGCGCAAGCUCCACUUGCAGAAGCAGCAGCAGCAACAGGAAGCUGCCAUGCUCCAGGCAAGACAAGCGCAGGCGCAGGCCGAGGCGGAGCGUCUGAGAAAAGAGCAGGCGCUUCGCGAACAGCAACGGCAGGAGGCUCAAAGACGGAUGCACGCGGUCCAGGCAGCUCAGGCUCAGGCCCAGGCUCAGGCGCAAGCUCAAGCUCAAGCACAGGCUCAGGCUCAGGCGCAAGCCCAGGCGCAGGCUCAGGCUCAGCAAGCGCAAGCGCAGGCACAAGCGCAGUCGCAAGCCCAGGCUCAGGCCCAGGCACAAGCACAGCAUGCCGCCAACGCGUCCGCCAGGGGCACUCCCCACACGCACCCACCGCAUCUCAGUCCCCUGCCGGCCGGGAUGACGGGUGGGAUUCCGGUCAGCAUGGGCCAGGCACAAGCAAGGUUCCCACAGGUUUCGCAGCCGCAGGUCUCAUCCCCGAUCAUCCGGCAGAAUACCCCACAAACGGCGUCCUCCCCCAUGGGCAUGGCGGGAGUGGCCAUGCAGCACUCCAACUCGAACCUUGGGCAGGCAGGAAGCCCGCCGAGGCCGCCGUCGGUUGUCCAGAACCAUCCCAUGGGCGUGCCCAUGGCUCCCACCAUGUCGGCGCGCGGAAGUCAACAGAGCCACGCGGGGGCCACGCCGAGGAUGCACUCGGCGACUCCAAAUAUGGCGCACGCAACUCCCAUUUCUCGGCCUCAGGCUAUGCCGACGCCGCGGAUGACGCAGGCCAGCGCGUCGCCCGGCAUGAUGGCUACGGCGCAACAGCUGGGCCAGGCCAUGCUGAUGAAUCCGCAAGGAAUCGUGGCCCAGAUGCCGAACGUCGGGCUCAAUGCAGCUCAAAUCGCACAGCAACAGCGGAUAUUGCAGCAACAACAGCAAAUGAUGCAGAUGCAACAGAACGAGAUGGUCAACGGGGGCAUGCCGGCCAACAUGGCCCACUUCCAACAGCAACAACGAAUGAUGCAGCAACCGCAGUUGUUGAUGCAACAACAGCAGCAACAACAACAGCAGCAGCAGCAGCGGAUGAGCCAAAUGAUGAACCAGGCGCCAUCGCUUGCCGACGUGUCGGCGGAAUACGCGAAUGCGGUCCACGCUAUGCAGCGGAUGGGACAACUCAACCCGGCGCAAUUACAAGCGUUGCAGGCAAAGCAGCGGCAGCUCGUGGCCGCGCAGCUCCAAGCCCAAGGGCGGAACCCAAACAUGGCGGGCAUGAAUGGUUUGGCGCCAAACCCGCUAGCCGGCCUGACACCUCAACUGCUGGCUUCGUUGACGCCGGCGCAACAACUAGCGGCCAUGCAGCAUUUCCAAGUCGCUCAACAGCAGCAACAACAGCAGCAUCAUCAACAGCAGCUCCAGCAACAACAAGCCGCCGCGGCGGCCGCGGCCGCCCAGCGCCCGCAGCACGCGCAACUGCAAAUGCAGCAGGCGCAGCAGAUGCAGCAACAAGCGCGGCAGCCGCAGCUCUCGCAGGCGCAACUGAUGCUGCUGAACAACCCGGCGGUGCAGGCGCAGAUUCGCAACCAGGCGACGGCGCUGAUGGACAAGCAGCUGCCGCAGCUCCAGCAGCACUUCCCCGCCGGCGUCCCCAUCCCCGAGGACAAGCUCGCCGAGUUCCGGCGCAAAUGCUUACAGCAGGCGCGCGCCAGCGUCAUCAUGGCCAUCCAACAGGGGCGGCUGAACCUCGGCGGCGGGCCGCCGCCGCAGCAGCAGCAGCAGCAACAGCAGCAACAACAACAGCAGCAGCAGCUUGCCGCCCAGCAGGCGCACCAACAGCAGCAGGCGCAACAGCAGCAACAGCAGCAGCAGCAGCAGGCGGCGGCUGUGGCAGCGAUGCAGCAGCAGAUGGCGGCUGCCGGCGCCGGCGGUGCCGGCGGGGUGGGCGGCAUGAUGGGCGGGCCGGGCAUGUAGAGCAGCUGCUCCGGCGGCGCCGUGUCUGGGAGCUGCUUGUCCUCCUCUUUCCCCUCCUCCUGCUCCUUCUCCUCCCCCCCCUCGUCGUCGUUGGAGGAGCGCUCCGGCACCCCUGCGAGUUCUGCUGGCACGUCGGGGCUCACCUGUUGUUGUUGUUG